AUGACUCUUGAGACUUCAAACGCUGCGAGGCCCAACGUAGAGCUCAACGCCCCUCCGAAAAAUGACGGCACGAACAGAAUCACGAAACAGGUCGAGUCAAACAUGUUGGUUUUCUACGACGCCGAGGGCACACAGCAUAAAAUCUACAUCCCCAAGGGCAUGUUCCAGAAAGUGCUUGAGCUGGCUCGAGAGGAGAAAUGGGAGGGAUUGUUCAACUUUCCUGCGUACAAUAAGCGUUUUACUACUUCAAAUAAAAAGCGUUGCUAA